CGUCAAACGAAUGGACUUGUAUUCGAGAGUUAGUGCUGGCAAAAAUUUGAUAUAAAAAUGUUGUUCUUAAAGUUGUCCUUUGUAUUCAUGGCUUUUUUGUUUUCUUUUGGUGAUACGGCGACUGUUCCAACUCCUCCAACUAUUCCAAUUCCUGGACAUUGUUCGGCCAUUACGUCGCAAAUAAUCAAACUCUCGAUUUUUGAUUUGGAAGAUGUUCAAACAAAAUCGGCUCUUCAUUUGAAUGUCAGUGGUUUCGAAAAUCAAACUGUCGAUCAAUUUCUUAAUUACUUGGAAAAUGUAGAACGUUUCUCCUUGAGUUCACAUACUGCAUCCGUAAGAUCUUUGAAUCCACCCAAAGAUGUCUCGCCUUUUACCACUAUACCUCUAACGACACCAUUGUGUCAAGCAAUCGAUGUAUCGUAUCAUGUAUCGAACUCUGAUCGACUACAAGUAUACACAUUAUUUGUAGGAGUGGAACUGACCCCACGACAAGCAUUAGUGAGAAGAUUUUCGAGAGGUCUUCUCUUCGACAAUCACACGGGUCUCUUCAAGAUGGGCAUCUUGUCGCCAGUCAUUUUCGACAAGACCUAUCAGCCAAUUGAGAAUCAUCCAACGCCAAGCGUCAUGAUCGAAAAGCACAUUAUCGAAGUGGUUCAUACCACAGAAACGACAGCAUCCAGUCAAAAUGGAUUUUCCGCUGAAAUAUCAGCAUUCAUCAUAUCAGCGAAGGCGGAACAUUCAAAAGAAAAAAGUUCCGCGUCGAAAAAUUCAAUGAAAACACGAAACGCAGUCGUCUCCCUAUUAAACAAGAAAACAUAAUUGUAUGUGGACGAAAGUAAAAUAGAUGUGGAUCCGUCAUUCGUCAACGAACUUUAUUCCAUCAUUGACGACAAAAACUUAUCAUCGUACGAUCGUACGAAACUUGUCGUCGAGUUAUUGAACCGUUAUGGAUGGUACGUAACGAAUCAAUUUACUCUUGGAGGACGACUGGACGUCGUCAAAUCAUUGUAUGAAUCGAGUGCUUCGAAUGAGGCAAAAGAACUGGAAGCUUUAGAGACAAAGUUGAGUGCGGC